AUGCCUCCUAAGCGAAAGCGUGGCGGCACCGCCGACAACGGUGGUGUCCGGCCCUCGCCGCAUCGCCCGGAACAGACACAUCUCGGACAGCACGACCGCAACGACCGGGGCCAUGGCUAUGUCGACGGCGGCAACGACGGCAGCAUACGUGGGCGACGGGGCAGCAGUGGCGGCCGUGGUGGUGGCAUCGUGGGCAGCGGACGCGUGGGCGCCGACCGUAACAAAUGGGGCGAACGUUUGGGGUCGCAAGGCCCUUCACACGACAGCAGCGCUGCUCGUCCACCACCCACAAACGGCACCGCAUCGACCACGCCCUCCGUCACCGCCUCGCCAGCAGCCGUCGCGCGACCGUUGCCACGGAACAGCACACCUGCAACGCCUUCCGAACCGCCAGCACCCCCACCGCCCGCGCGACCGUCUCUCCCGCACGUUUACGCCAUCCUGACGGACGACCGAGUUUCGACCUGGACGACCGGCACAGGCCGCCAGGAGAUUGUCGACGCCGGCGAGACGGCCCGCACCGAUGAGGACGAGGUGGCGCUCUCGACGCUGUUCCAAGAGGCCCUGCGGUCCGUCGUGGACCGGCGGCGUCCCCCGGCCGAGCUGGGUGCCGUCGUGAAGCAGGUCCUCGGCGACGACAGUACGGCAACAGCAGCCGCCAGCGCCGCGGCCGCCUUCAGCCCGUCCAUUGUCUUCCUCGACACCGUCUCUGUUUUUGUCGAAGUCGACGACGCGGCUGCUGUCCCGGCCAAUCUGCUGUUGCUGCGCACGUUUAUGGGCGCCACGGGCGUGCCUCCCGCGCUCAUGCGCCAGAUCCUCGACCACGAGUUCCUCAUGCGCCUCGGCCUGCUUCGCGACACCUUCCACCGCAUGACCAUCCGCUUCUCCACCAACCUGCUCUACCGCCAGCAGAGCUACAACCUGCUGCGUGAGGAGACCGAGGGCUUCUCCAAGCUCGUCACCGAGCUCUACAACAACGCCGUCGCCCAGCAGGACCCGUCCUUUGACACGGCCCGUGCCACCUUCGAAAAGGUCAAGGGUCUUAUCGGCACCUUUGAUCUCGACGUGGGCCGCGUGCUCGACACCACCCUCGACGUCUUUGCCGCCACCAUCGUCAAGCAGUUUCGGUUCUUUGUCAAGUUCCUGCGCAUCAGCUCCUGGUGGCCCCGCGACCACCCCGGCCACCCGCGCAGCUCCUUCUUUGGUGGCCUGCCGCGAUGGGCCCAGCCCGAGCUUGCUGAGCGGAUUUCUCGCCUGGGCGCAGCUGCCGCCGCAGACGAGGUCGACAGCGAAGAGGCGGCUGUUGUUGCUGAAGAGCGCCGCAAGCGCGACGUUGUCUUUUGGGACAUGGCACGCCAAUUGCACAUCUACGCCUUUUACCAACUGGGCGGCCGCGAGGUUGCCGAUCCACGACUGCAGAAACUGGUCGAGGCCGCCACCGCCAACGGCAAAGCCGAUGGUGCCGACGACAUGCUGCUUGGUGACGACGACGACAACAACAACAACAACAACAUCGACGGCGACGCUGACGCCGACAUGAGUGCGAACACAGCCGACACCGAGGCGACGGACAUCUCCAACUUUUCCGAGAACGAGCUGCAAUGGAUCAAGAAGACCAAAACAAUGCCGCCACCCGGCAACCGCGUCGCCGCCCAGAUUCUCGGCUUCAAGCUGCGCUUCUACAGCUCGGAUGCCCGCAAUGCGGACGACAUCCUACCGGCCAACCUCCUCUACCUGGCCGCUCUCCUCAUCAAGAUCGGCUUCAUCUCCUUCUGCGACCUCUACCCCCACCUCUGGCCAGCAGACGACGACAUGGAUGCCGUCCGCCGCCGCCGCGAGGACGAGUUGGCCAAGAAGGAGGAGAGUGAGCGAUACGGCUCGGCCGACGCCGCGCUUCUGGAGACGGUCCUGGAGGACGACGACCCACCUGCUGCACCAGCGCUCGAGUUGAGCAAGCCAGCAGCGUCUACGGCCGCAGGCGGCGACGCGGCAGCAGCUGGUGCAGCAUCGGCGGAGGCGCCCGCCGACGCACCACCAGCGCUCCCCGCGCCAACCGACAUGAAGAUCCAGAUUCUCGACCAGCUGCUCCUCAUCGGCGCCAUCCCUGAGGCCCUCUUCAUACUGGGCCGCUACCCCUGGAUCAUGGAGCUGUACGGCGAGAACCUGCUGCCGCUCAUCCACCGCAUCCUCCUCCAAUCGCUGCACAAGGUCGCUGCCGAGGCCCGCCCUGUCCCUGCCUCGGACGCCGCGGCCUCGCUCAUCACCGACGGGCCCCCAAAGAAGAUUGCCGAGUACGACCAGAGCGGCACAAUGAAGGGCUACGUCAAGCGCGGCGAGCAGGCCAUCCGCCGCCCCUUCCGCUGGCCCUUUGCCGACAAGCUCGACGUGGCCGAUGGCCAGCCCUACCGCUACUACUUUGACGAGUGGCUCGACAACGUCCCCGUCUGCCAAACCGUCGACGACGUCUUUGCCCUCUGCGACAGCUUCCUCGGCGUGUCCGGCCCCAACAUUGGCCAGGAGCCGGAGCUCGUUCUCAGUCUCGCGGCCAUUGGUGCCAAGGACCUGCAUGACGACCCGUCCCCCGCCAACCGCCAGCGCUGGUAUGACCUGCUGCAGCGCCUGCUCGUCCCCGCCCUGAGUCUGCUGCCGGCCAACCCCGCCUGUGUCGACGCCGUCUGGCAGCUGCUGCGCACGUACUCGCUGCGCCAGCGCUACGAACUCUACACCGCGUGGUUUGAGGGGUCCGUCGCGCGCCAGCCCGUCAUGCAAAAGGCCUUUGCCCGUACCAAGCGCGAGGCUCUGCGCAUCAUGCGGCGCAUCUCGCGCGAAAACAGCUCGCUCAUGGGCCGCUCGCUCGCCAAGGCGGCCCUGACGUCUCCGGCCGUCGUCUUCAAGGUGGCCCUCGGCGAGCUCGAGGCGUACGACAACCUCAUCGACGUCUUUGUCACCUGCGCGCGCUAUUUUACGGACUUGGGCUACGACGUCCUCGUCUGGUCGCUGAUGGGCUCCAUCGGCGGCGGCCGCCGCAGCCGACACAACGCCUCGUCCGUCCUCAUCGCCAGCAAGUGGCUGCAGGCCCUGUCGCGCUUUGCCGGUCUCGUCUUUGCCGCGUACCCCAACAUGGACGUCAAGCCCGUCGUGCAGUACGUCACGCGCCGUCUCUCUGCGGCCGGCGACCCAGGCGACCUGAUCAUCCUGCGCGACCUCAUCGUGUCCAUGGGCGGCCUCGCGGCCGAUUCGGACUGGACGGAAGCCAAGAUCCAGGGCAUGACCGGCGGCCCGGCCCUGCGUCGCCUCACCCUGCUCGCUAUGGGCGACGUGCGCGACGACACCGAUACGAGCGCCAAGGGUGCCAAACAACGCCACAGCGCGCAGCGCCUCGUCAAGACGCUGGUCGACGCCGGCCUCGUGGGCCGCCUCCUCAUCAACAUUGCCCAGCACCGCCAGGCUGCCAUUUAUGCGCCGGCCGCGAAACAGGCCCACAUCAAGUAUCUGGCGACGCUGGUCGACGACAGCCAGGAGAUUCUGACGCAGUACCUCGACCUGCUGCGCAACAUCCUGACCCCCGCCCAGUUCGAUGCUCUCGUACCCGCCAUUCCCGAGCUCAUGAAGGAGUUUGGCCUCGACGCCAACCUGGCUUUUUUAAUCGGCCGCCCGGGUCUCGAUUUUCACGCGGCCAUGGCCGCGCUUCCUGUUCCGACGAUGCCCACAGCAACAACAGAAGACGCUUCCAGCGCCAAACCAGACGCAACCGCUGCGGACGACGUGGCCAUGGAGAACGACGACGACACGCCCCAGGCCGACGGUAAGGCGGAUGGCAAGCCCGAGCCAAAUAGCACAGAAAUGGACGUCGAUGCGCCGUCUGCGCCUGCUGCGCCUGAGACCGUCGCGCCCUCGCUCACCACGAUGGGCACCCUGCAACCCCUCGUCGAGUUUAUCGCCGCGACCCUUCCCGAGCGGAUUCUCAAACGCAUCAGCCCCGAAUUCUUUGUCACCUUCUGGGCCCUUCAGCAGGGCGACAUUGUCGUUCCGCGAGCGCGCUACGAUGCCGAGAUCGACCGGCUGCGGAAGGAGAGCUCUGCGCUCAAGAACGCGCGUGGUGUGCAGGGCACAGAGAACCCACGUGCCGCCAUGAUGCGGCGUAACGAGGAAGCCGAGGCCCGCCUCAAGGAGCGCCAGGCCAUCGCCGAGGAGAUGCUCGCCCUGGGGACCCGUAACCGCGACACUAAGCGACACCUGCUGGUGCAUGCGCAGACCUGGUUCACCAACAACGGGUCAUCGAGCGUCACCAUCGCGUCUGCCUCCGCGCUGUCCGACAUUUUGCUCGAGCAGUGCCUUGUGCCGCGCAUUCUGCUGUCUGUGGCCGAUGCCGAGUACGCCUUCCGCUUCGUGCGCUUCCUCCACGAGAAUCGCGUGCCCCACUUCCAGCUGGCCACCUUUUAUCAGCGGCUGUUCAGCGCCAACCGGCUUCGUGACCUCAUCUUUACAAGUACCGUGCGCGAGGCCGAGCGUGUUGGUCGUUUCCUCAAGCUGAUUCUGGCGGACCUGGCACGCUGGCAUGGCGACAAGAAUGCGUACGAGCGCGAGGCUCUUGGCCAAACCAAGAACGGGCGGCGCAGCUACCUGGGGUUCGUCAAGAACUCCAAGGCGGCGGCCAAGCCUGCUGGCAAGGCUGCUGCGACGUCCUCCGAGAGCGCCGAGGGUGGCAAGGACAAGGACAACAAGGUCAACGAGGACAACGAGGACGGCCCGACAUACAUUGAGCACACCGAGUUCCGCGACCUUCUCUACAGUUGGCAUAAGAACCUCAACAUGGCUCUGAAGGACUGCCUGGAAAAUCUCGAGUGGACGCACAUCCGCAACGCCAUCAGCGUGCUCAAAGCCGUCAUGGACGCCUUCCCGGCCGUCGAUUUUAUGGGCCGCCAGUUCGCCGACCAACUGCAGCGCAUUGCCGCGCGCGAGUCCGCAACGAACAAUGCCACGCCAGAGGCCAGCCAGCGCAUCGAUUUGUCCGUCACCGCCCGCGCCAUCUACUCGGAGCUGCUGCGCCGCAAGUCCAAGUGGGUCAUGGUGCAGGCCUUCCGCUCAAACGUGUCAACCAAGUCGUCCGCCGGCGAUGACAAGUCCAAAACCGCUUCCAAUGGCGAGAAUGGUCUCCGACCCGAUGCGCCCGAGUUCCGACCCCAGCGCCUCGGCGGUGCGGAUGCAGAGGACGGCGAGCUCAAGGAUGCCGGGACCAGCGGGGCCAACGGCGUCAAGCGUGCGACAUCGACCGCACCGUCCACAUCGUCCGGAACGGGCGGCGGUGGUGGUGUCACGAGCAAACCUUCCACACCCCGACCUGGUGCCGGCCACCUGCAAGGCAACCGCACACCCAACGCCUCUCGAGGCGGCGACGCUCACUCGCAGCUGCCUAAGCAGCCGUCUGCGCUGACCUCGCUUCCCCUCUCGCACAGCCUGCCCAACCGCCCCGACUUUUCUGUUGGUGGCGGUCGCUUUGCGCAAGGCGACCGGUUUGGCCAGAUUCGGAACCAGGACCGGCGGGACGCUUCGUCGCCUCGGGGCCCUUCGGCACAACAUCACAUGGACAACAGCAAUGCCAACAGCACCGCGAGCAGCAAUCACCAGCAACAGCAAACGCCGCAGCAGACGGCUGCCACGCCGCCGACCGAUCCCCGCGGACCAAGAGAUCCGCGCGAUCCGCGCGACCACGGCCGCGAUGGUCGGAAUCCACGUGCUCAAGAUAACAGCAGUAGCCGUCCCGAUCGGCCCCCUGGCGGCCGUGAUUUUGCCGGCAACAUGCCUGGCGAACAUGGUGGCCGUAACCGCAUGGACAACACGCCGACACGGCGGGGCGGUGAUCUUGUGCGCGACAACCGUGACGCUCGUGAUGCCCGUGACGGUCGUGGCGCCCGCGACGCGCGCGAUCUACGCGAUGCGCCACGCGAUGCGACACCACCCGCAAACGUCACACCACCACUGGGGCCUGCGUCGUCGACCCCACAAAAGAAACCCGACGCGGUGGCGCCUGAGGUUGCCAUCAACCCCGAACGCGCGCGCUUGAUUCAAGACGACAGCCGAGACCGGACUCGAUCAGGAUCCGGUGUUGGGACAACGACGCCCGGUGGAGGACGCACACAGUCACCUCGUGUCUCCGACCGCCGCGGGCAACCCUUGGCCAUCGAGCCUGCCUCGGCCAACGACCGAGGACGUGGUCGGGAUGGUGAUCGAGAGGAUCGCGACGCUCGUGACGGGCGUGACGGACGUGACGGCCGCGAUGGCCGUGAUACUCAUGAGGGCAGGGAUGGCCGGAACAACCGGGACCGCGAGCAUGACCGUGAUAGGGAGCGGGAGCGCGACGAUCGCCAUGGCCGGAAUGCGCCUGCCGGGGCUCCCAGCCAGCCGAGAGAUGCAGCAGCAGCCGAGCCAGGCCGUGAGUCCCGCGCCGAACGCGGCGAGCGGUCAGAACGUGAUGUGCGCGGUGAAAGGAGCAGCCGUGGCGGAGAACGCGGCAGUGAUCGUGGAGAGCGCAACGAUAGAGCCGAGCGCAGUGAUCGUGGCGAUCGUGGCGAACGCGGUGAUCGUAGUGACCGUGGUGACCGUGGCGACCGUGGGGAGCGCACAGAACGUGGCAGCGAGCGUGGGGACAGGGACCGCGACCGGGAUCGCGGCGAACGCAACGAACGCAAUGAACGCAGCGAGCGCAGCGAACGGGGCGAACGGGGCGAACGGGGUGACCGUGGCGAUAGGAAUCGUCCGCCACACGACCUCAGCUACGGCCGUCUGAACGCCGUUCCACCCCUCGUCGACAGCAACAGCUUUCCACUUGGCCCUCGUGGCAGUCGAGGACGCGAUGGCCGCGAUCCUCGAGACCAACCUCUGGCCGGCCCUCGGGAUGGUGGCAGAUCCUCCCAGCAACAGCAACAACAACUAUCCUCUCAAGGCUCAAACGCCGGCGACAGCCAGCAGAACCAGCCGCCGUCUGGCCCAUCCCGCUCCGCUAGGAGAGGACGCGGCGGCCAGCUCGAUGGCGGUUCCGGCAAUAGCGGCCGCAGCAGCCAAGGUUCGGGACUCGGGCCGCCCGCCCCUCCCUCCGCACCCUCGACGUCGGUCAACGCAACGCCUGUGUCAGGCGACCGCAUGCGCCAGUUCAACAACAACGCGAACGCCCGCGGUACACCGCCUCCCCCACCUCGUCCUCUGCCUCCUGCCGGGCCGUCAUCCGGAGCUCCAGCACACAGUGGUACGCCCGACCGCUCCGGGCAACAGCAUCAGCAGCGCGGACAAUCCUCUGCCAGCCUCCCCCAAACGCCUGCCUCCGACAACACCACCACCACCAACAACAACGCCAGCGGUGGCCGAGACAUUCGUGGUGGUCCUGAUGGCAGUAGCAACGCCGGCACACCGUCGUCGUCGAGCCGCGACAACAACGGCGGCGGCGAUCGCUUACGUUCCCGUGGCAAUGAGCGUGAACGCAUGAUGAAGGGCAUCCAGGACGCCAUUGCUGGCGGACCCGGGAGCGGCGGGCGGCGCGCCAACAACAUGAGCAGCCGUGGCCACAUUGCGGGUUCGGACGCGCAGGUGCUUACUGGUGGCAUGCCCCCUCCGUCGCCCGCCUUUGAGCGCAACGAUCCCCUGCGCAACGGCGGUGGCGGCGGUGGCGGCGGUGGCGGCGGUGGUAGCAGCAGUGACCGUCGCAGCGACCGGAACGACCGCGGCGAGCGGGGUGACCGCAACGACCGUGGCGACCGUCGCAGCUCGCGCCGUAGCAGCCGUGAGCGCAGUCCUACUGGUAGUGGUGGUGGCGGUGGUGGUCACGGCCAUCGUGGUGACCGCAGUGGUCCGCCACAGCAACAACAGCAGCAACAGCAGCAGCAGCAGCAGCAGCAGCACCAUGGUCUGCCUCCCCCGCCUCCUCCACCUCCUCCAGGACCGCCUCCCGGUCCCGGCCUCCCGCUUCUGCCGCAGCAACAGCAACACCAGCCAAGCUCCUUUGGCGGUUCAAACUCCCGGCGGUCAUCCAACCGUGGUGACCUAUUUGGCGGCAGUGGCCCGCUUCGCGGCAGUGGCAGUGGCGGUGGCGGCGGCAGUGGCGAUCCGAACCGCGAGCCCGUGGGCCCCGGACGGGAUGCUCGCCGCAGUGGCGGUGGUGGCGGGAAUGACUUCCGUGGUGGUGGAGGUGGUGGUGAUAUUGGAAGCGGUGGAGGUCGCGGAGGUCGCGAUGACCACCGUGGCCGCAAGCGGCGUAGUGACGAAGGCGCAGGCCUAUUGUCCAACGACCGGGACAAGAAGCGGCGGCGGUAG